UGACAGAGCGCUCUUUCUCUCUCUCUGCAUAACGUUUGAUUUCGUUGAGGUUCAGAUUCAAAAACGCACUUUCACUCCACAAUACCCUUUCACUUCACAGCGACCUCGCUGUACGAGCGGCUUUCAGCACCAUGGCGUCGCGUGAGACCAAGGCUUGCGCUGACACCACGCUGUGCUGGGCGACCCCAGUCCGAGUCGAAGUUUUGGGAGCUCACUUGGAGACAUACAUCCAGUUGUUACCGACAAUCAACGCCCUGCGACUCUGUCAUCGGUUCGGGUCAUCAUCGAAUGCUUUCGUCGCCAAGCUUCCUCAAGAGCUCAUCAUGUAUAUUGAGCGCCUACUCAUCUCUGAAGCACGGGCACGGUCUCUACGAGCCUGGAAGAGAGACUUUCGAUGCUUCCAACAGAAAUGCAAGCCCAGUGAACACGUCAGUAAGGAAGCGUUGGAAUCACUGCGCCAACUCGCCAUCCAAGGAGAAAUACCGUGGGACGAAGCUGAGGACUACUACGACGUGGAUAGGCGCAUUGAGUUGCAUCUUCGAGAUGAAACGUCAGAGUGGGAGAAGAAGCACACCAAGCGUGCUGAGUCGUGGCAGGCGCGUGUCGGCGCAUCGUGGCAGACACGGUUCAGCAAAGAUCAAGGAUGCUGGUUCAACGCCAAUGCCGACCUCAUCUCCACUCAUUUCGGUCUCGAGGUUGCGCUCGUCCAUGUAGACAUCGACGAAUAUGGCCAAGAGGAGGAGUUGUGGGAAGACUUUGGAGACCAAUAUCCGACGGGGACUACAACAGCAUAUCUGCAGCUGCCCAGAGCCCGCACGGAGUCUUUGCACUGGAGGUAUCCAAUGCCAGAUCCAUUCGGUUGUUCUUUCGCCAUGCAAACUGGCCACGGGAUGCUCGUGAAGGUACCGAAACAACUUCCGACUUCAGCACGUCACCGUACCGAUCGGAUCAUGUCGAUACUGGGCCUCAAGCCUUUCAUUGCGCCAAGCCAGGAAGGCCUCGCGCUCUCGACGGAAGAUGAGUUUGAGCACCAUGGCUUGGCAAAGACAAUGACAUGGCCACAGCUCAUGCUCAUCGUCCGCGGCACGACUGAUUUCGAGGGCACUCACUGACUGGACUUCACGAGGGGCUUGUAUCGGCCACUGAGGACAGGCGGGCUGGCCGAUGUCUUUGCUAGAUGACUGAUGCGGGACAGACUGAAAUCGCUCGCGUACCCUCAACGAGGCAAUCGGAAUGAUGAAGGGCACAUCCGUGGUUAGAGUUGCGUUCAGCACACGCAGGCCGCUGUCUGCGAUUGCCCAGUGAUGAGUAUAGUGUAUUGUAGCAGAU